CCCUUCUUUAAAAAAAAAAAAAAAAAAAAAAAAAAAAAAAAACUCAUUUAAAUGUUGAAUCUUGAGUCAUGAUGGCACAGAGGAGAGGAGGAGAAUGUGAACGGCAGCAUGUAUGUGAUUGUGUUUUUCCACCUGAUGAGGAGCAAUAAAUUCCCACGUGAGCGCGUGAAUCUCUUCUGACGUCUGAAAGGGUUAAGAACACGAGCGUGCUCUGCUCACUACUGCAUUACAUCAUUCAGCACCCCCCCAGUCCUGAGGUGGUGAAUCGAGCGCUAGGUGGCAUCCUCGAUGAGUAAGCAGCAUCCGCGUCUCUCUUCAGUCCAGACAUCCAGUCAGCGGCGUCGGGUGUCUCAGGGAACAGUCCCGCGCUCGCUCCCUGUGCGGGGAUGCUGCGCGAGCACAAUGUCCAGGUGACAAGAACCCGAUUCCAGCAGGAGUUCGUCUCUGACCCGAGCCGGUUCGAGGACUAACUUCACCGUCCGGAGGAUGCUCUGCCUCUCUGGCGUCACCGUCACCCCACAACUCCAUGGCUACCUCAUUAGGGGUACUCUGGAGAAACAGGUGUCGGGGAAGUGACGUCACGAGCCUCGGAAACCGGAGGUGUGCGCUUUGGAGAGCAAGAUGGCAGCGAAAUCCGACGGUCGGGGGGUCGUCACCGGUUUCGCCCAGCUGCACAACCUGGACGAGACGGUGGGGAGCUGCGAGGACGACCCGCGGCAGAACAGCUCCUUCCACAUCUGCCACUGCUGCAACACCUCGUCGUGCUACUGGGGCUGCCGGAGCGCCUGUCUGCAUUACCUCCUGGGCAAGGGGAGAGACGUCAGGCGGCCACCUCACGAGGAGCGCCUCUGGUUGGACUGCCUGUGGAUCGUCCUCGCGCUGCUCGUCUUCUUCUGGGACGUGGGCACUGACUUGUGGCUCGCGCUCGACUACUACGCCAAGCAGGACUACCUCUGGUUCGGACUCACACUGUUCUUCGUGCUGGUGCCGUCGGUGCUGGUCCAGAUCCUGAGCUUCAGGUGGUUCGUGCAGGAUUACACGGGGGGCGGCUUGGGCUCCGUGGAGGGUCUGAGCAGCGGCCGGAGAGCCGCGUCGGGCACGAGCGCAGGGGUGUACGGCAGGGCCAGAUGCUGUCGCGUCUCGGUGUGGGUCUGGCAGACGCUCAUACACAUCCUUCAGAUGGGACAAGUGUGGAGGUACAUCAGAACAAUGUAUCUUGGCAUCCAGAGUCGCAGGCAAAAGGAGAACCAGCGACGCUUCUACUGGGCCAUGAUGUACGAGUAUGCCGAUGUCAACAUGCUCCGUCUACUGGAGACAUUUCUGGAAAGCGCUCCACAGCUGGUUCUCCAGCUCUGCAUCAUGAUCCAGAAGAACCGGGCCGAAACGCUGCAGUGUGUGUCGGCGGUCGCGUCUCUCCUCUCUCUUUCCUGGGUUCUGGCCUCAUACCACAAGCUUCUGCGCGAUUCCCGCGACGACCAAAAGAGCAUGAGCUACCGGGGAGCGUUGGUGCAUCUUCUGUGGCGUUUCUUCACCAUUUCUUCUCGGGCGCUAUCAUUUGCCCUCUUUGCCUCAGUUUUCCACCUCUACUUUGGCAUUUUCGUGGUGCUGCACUGGUGUGCCAUGGCCUUCUGGGUAAUCCACGGAGGCACCGACUUCUGUAUGUCCAAGUGGGAGGAGGUGCUAUUCAACAUGGUGGUCGGCGUUGUCUACGUCUUCUGCUGGUUUAACGUCAAGGAGGGAAGGACCCGAUACCGCAUGGUGGUUUAUUAUUCGCUGGUGCUGGUUGAAAAUACCAUCCUUACCGCUCUGUGGUACGCCUACAGAGACCCGGUUGCUACCGACUCCUACGCUGCAUCCGCCCUCUGCGGCGUCUUCCUGUGCUUUGCCUCUGGAGUGGCCUGCAUGGUCCUCUACUACGGGGUCCUGCAUCCUAUGGGACCCCGGCUGAGGGUGCUGGCCAGUUCCUGCUGUGCCGAGCUGCUCUGGGGUCUCCCCUUACCACCUGAGGCCGAGCCCAUGGCACCCACUCCGGGGCCUCGGGGCUCCCAAGCCACCCCGACCAGGGGCAUGGCUUCAGGGGACUACAGCGAGCCGGAGGAGGCUGCCACAGACACUUGCCUGCCGGUGUUCCAGGUGAGAUCCACAGAGCCCACCGAUGCGGCAGGUCGGCCCAUUCAGCCCGAGGGGCCCCUCAUCAAGAUUGACAUGCCCAGGAAGCGCUAUCCGGCCUGGGAUGCUCACUUUGUGGACCGACGUUUGCGGCGGACCAUAAACAUCCUCCAGUACAUCAGCCCCAAUGCAGUGGGCAUCAGGUACAGGGAUGGACCCCUCCUCUACGAGCUGCUCCAGUACGAGUCCUCCCUAUGAAGGCGCUCCUUCUUUACUCUCAUGCCCUCUCUGGUUCUCCACUUCCCUUGGUGCUUUUUUCUUCAGAGUUUUUAUUUAGUUGUACUCUUAAACUAUAAGAGUGCAUCUAAGAGUCUAAACAGAGAAUAUUCAACAUAUAUUUUGACUAACACAGUGUAGAGUUGGAGAACAAAGAGUCCAAAAUACAACAUUCCCUAGUUUGGGUUACUAUAGCGUGAAUGUUCGACUAAUGUGUUUGUUCGAUGGUGUUUGUGGCCCUGUCACCUCUGACAUGUGCAUGAUGGGAAUGAUGGAGGAACAUAGUCUUUAGCAUCCUCAUUCUGAUUUUGCUUUUGCCAUUUUGUGCCUACGUUUUUUCCAAACAGUUGUGAUGACAACUGAUCUUAAAGAUGGCAAACAAGUUAAUAUCAGCUAGACACUAAAAAGCACAUUUGAUUGUCAGAAAAAGCACACAAUGCCCUAUUCCUUUUCUCUUGUGAUUAAGGGGGAAGAGACUUGAAAUUGUUGUCAAAUUGCUUUAAUCUCGAGUAAAAUACAAUGAUGUCAUGUAAAAAUUUUGGUGUUGGCCAACCAUAUAACACUGCCACUGCUAUUUUGAUCAUCAAGGGCCUUAAUAUUUAUCUUAACAUGUCUUUUCCUACUGAAACUCACUAGUGAUGUGAUAUACUGUACAAAUCUGAGGAAGUUAUGAUAAUAUAUGAUAUUUUUUUACAUAUGGCCCACAGUUAUUUUUAACCCAUCUAUAUUACGUGCGAGUACACUUUAUGAAAGCUAGAUUGAGUAAAUGGGACAUAUUUCGGUGUAUUUAUAUACACUAUCGUUUAAGAGUUUAGGGCCAGUAAGAUGUGAAGAAUUGUUAAAAAAGAUUAAUCAUGGUUUACACAAAAAUAGUGACUGUUUUCAACAUUGAUAAUAAUGAUAAAUGUUUCUUAAGCACCAAAUCAUCUUAUUAGAAUGAUUUCUGAAGGUUCAUGUGACU